AUGACAGUUAAAGAUGAUAGUCAAUUUCACCUCUUAUUCACAUCACUUCCGCUUGAUGAAAAAUUAAUAGAAGAAUAUACAUGUAGUUAUAAUGAAGGAGCUGCAGUUUCAAUUGGUAAAUUAUAUAUUUCACAACAACAUGUAUCAUAUGCCUCAAAGAUUGGGUCAACACAUAUUAUUUUACCAAUUAAAGAUAUUAUUUCAAUUUCUAAAAAGAAUUCAGUAUAUUUAUUCCCAAAUGCAAUUGAGAUUAUAAAUCAAAAAGAUCAUAAAUACUUUUUUUCAGCAUUUUUAUCAAGAGAUUUAGCAUUUGCAACACUAUCCACUAUAAUUAGUGCAGGUGGUGGUACAAGAACUAAAAUUUUUGAGGAUGCAUUAUUAGCUGAACAAAAUAGUGGAAUUAAAAAUUCAAGCGAUGAAAUUGAACAUCCAUUAUCGGCUUCAUCAAAUAGUACUGGUGAAAAUCCAUUCCAAGAAACUCCAACUUAUUCAACUUUUAAAAAUAAUUCAGGUGAAUCUACAAAUAAUAAUAAUAAUAAUAAUAACAACCAAGAUGGUGCAAAUAAUAAUAGUAAUAAUAGUAGUAAUAAUAAUAAUAAUAAUAGUAAUAAAGAGGAUGGCACUGAUAGUAAUAGCAAUAGUAGUGAUAGUAGUAGAUUUUUAAAAUCUUCACCUUCACCAAUACCAUCACCAUCUAAUAAAAUGUUAGGUUCAAGAAUUGAAAGAAAAGAUAGUUUCGAAUCAAAUAAUAAUAAUAAUAACAGUAACAAUAAUAAUAAUAAUAUUAAUAAUACAGCUAUAGGUAGUGAAUCAUUAAAUGGAAGUGGAUCAGCAUUUAGCGCAGGUAAUUUGGAUACAACUAAAAGAAAUAGUUCACAACUUGAUAUACUUUCAAAUCAUAGACAAUCACUAGAGGCUACAGACCAAAUUGUUGGAGAAGAUGAUGGCUCAAUAAAUACCACUACUACCACCACAACUACAGCUUUACCAACAAAUGAAAAUGAACCAGCCAACUCUUCUCCACCUUUUGAACCAAUUUUAUCACACCAAGACUCUUUAUCAAAUUUAAAUUUAAAUGUAAAAAAUGAAUCAACAACAACCACCACCAAUAAUUCAACCAAUAACACUAAUGAUGCACCACAAUCACCACUAAAAGCAUCACAAACUAUUAACCCAUCACCACCUUCACCUGUACAACGUAAAAAUGGAAAUCAUAAUAAUAAUCAUAAUCAUACUCACCAUAAUAAUCAUAAUCACCAUAAUAAUAACAACCAUAAUAACGAACAAAAAGAGAAUAAAUCACCACCAAAUGUUAGUCCAACCAAUAUGUCUAAAGAAAAUCAUGAAAAACAGCAACAACAACCACAACCACAACAACAACCACAACAACAAAAUAAUAACGAUAAUAAUAAUGAUUCAUCAAUGGCAUCAGUAUCAACAACAACAACAUCAACAUCAUCAACUACUACAACAACAACAAAUGUAUCAACAAAUGCUACACCGGCAAUUGAAAAUUUUUCAGCCGAUUCACCAAAGCUAACACAUUUAUCAUUAUUUGAGAAAUUACCAACCAGCGAUAAAUGUGAACAUAUAACGAUAGCAGAAUUUGAUGAGGCACCAUGGUCAACAGAGAAAUACCAAAUAUCAAUCUCUGAAUUUUAUCAACUCAUUUGUAGAACCGAUUUCUGGGGAAGUGUAAAUACAACUCACUCUUAUACUGAACAAAAUUUAACAGAGUGGAAACAAACUAACAAUUGCUGUAUCCAUAGAAAUAUGGAUUUCAGAACUGCAAUCUCCUUUAAGAUUGGUCCAAAGAGUACUAGAGUCUAUCAAACUCAACGUUGUAAAUUAAAAAAUAAGAGUGAAUUCAUUUUGCAAUCCACUUCCGUUAGUAAAGAUGUACCCUAUGGUGAUGCAUUCUCUGUGGAAAAUCUAUUGGUCGUACAAGCCAUUGACAAUAGUUCAUGUUUAACAAAAUUAUCUUCGAAAAUUAAAUUCACUAAAUCGGUUUGGGGUCUAUCUUCAAUGAUUCAAAAAACCGCUUUACAAGGAAAUAAAGAGUUUUUCGUACUUUGGAAUACAAUGGUUAGAAAUCAAAUUGAAACUUAUGUUUACAAUAAAAUGAAAGAAUUAAAGAAACCAAUAGUUGUUCCAGUUUCAAAUGUUAAUGCAUCUUCAACUAAUACAACUCCAAUUAAAAAACCUGUAAUUGUAGCUUCUGCUUCAGCUGGUUCAUUACCAAUUAAUUCACAACAACCACAACAACAACAACCAGUACAACCACAACAAGUACAACCACAACAACCAGUACAAUCCCAACAACAAUCUCAACAAGUACAACAACAACAACAACAACAACAACAAGUACAACAACCACAACAAGUACAACAACCACAACAACAAGUUCAACAAGCACAAAGAGUAGUACAAUCAGUUUCACCAAUUUCAGCUAUAACUUCAACAACAACAACAACAACAACACCAGUUUCAUCCCAAUCAUCAAUUCAAACAACACCUUCAGUAGUAGUAGCAACUACAACUCAAUCAGUAUUUACAAUUGAGGAAGGUGAAACUCUUAGUUCAACAAUAUGGAAGAAAAUGUCUAUUAUUGAAAAGGGUAUUUUAGCAGGCGUAUUUUUCUUAUUUUUAUCAUUACUAAUUGGAUUAACCAUUGGAAUCGUUUCAAAUUCAAAUUCAUCAAGAUCAUUAAAUAAUCAAUUGUAUAGAUUCUCAGAUUCAUUGAUACUAUUAGAUUCUAGAGUAAAUUCAUUGGCAACACAAACUCCACCAGAUGAUGGUAAAGUAGUAUACACUUCAAAUAUUGGUAAAGAUAGAAUUACCGCUUUAAGAGAUCGAUUAGAAUUGGCAAAUUCCUUAUUGAUGAGAGCUCAAAGUAUGGUCUCAACACUCCAAGCCGAAUUAUCAUUAGAGGAUAUGAAAUCUACAAGAUUCGAAAAUUAUAAUUAUGAAAAUAACAAUAGUAGUGGUUUAUUUGGUCCUAUAUUUCUUACAAUAUUAAUUGCCUCUGCUUCUAUUGUUUUUUAUAAAUUUUAUUUAAAUAAAUAA